UUGUGAUUGUGAGCAACUGUUUAAGGGAAAUGUUUAAAUCUUACCAGAAAAUUUUAUUUUGGAUAAAAUUUUCAAAAUAUUUGAUAUCUAAUAUUUAAAGCGAUCUUUUUCAAACACCAUGGAAGUUCAGAUUGAAACGGCCGUUAGAGUUUGUCCGUUGGAAUAUAACAAUGGAGAAAUGGUCUGUGUUCAAACCAAUUCCAUCAAUAACACCAUUCAACUUAAUAAUCAAGUGUAUCCUGUAAAUUAUGCCUUGCCAACAAAUGCUUGUCAAAGUUCAAUCUUCUCCACAGCCGUUAUGCCAAUGGUAAAUCUUUUACUGGAAGGUUGUGAUGUUUCCAUAGUCACUUUUGGUCAAACUGGAACAGGAAAAAGUUAUACUCUGUUUGGACCAGGUUUUCAUUUUGCAGCAAGUGAGGCCGAACACGGUAUAAUACCAAGGUUUAUCAGAGAAGUAUUCACCAAAGUUGGACAAUAUAGAGAUAGAAGUUAUUCGAUUCACAUAACUUGGUCUCAAAUUUGUGGGGAGACUGUUCAAGAUUUGAUAGGUGGUUCCAGUGUGGAGUGUAUGGGAAUUUUAGAUGCGUUUAGGCAUAUUCAGAUAGGAUUGUCCAAUUUGACACCAAAAGGGGCACAUUCAUUAUUUACUUUAACUUUGGAACAGCAGUGGGUGAUUGAUUCAACUGUUCAACAUAGGAUAGCCACAGCAAGUUUUGCAGAUCUCUCCGGAAGUGAAAAAGUAAUGGUAUAUGGCAGCAAUGGCAUCAUGCAAACUUUACCUGUAGAUCCAGGAUUAAGAGCUCUUCAACAAUGUGUUGUAACAUUGUCUGAGCCUUAUGCCAAUCAAUUCAAUGUAGAACAUGUGCCUUUCAACCAAUCAGUGUUAACUACCUUACUAAGAGAUUCAUUUGGAGGACGGGCUAAGACUUUAGUAAUAUGUUGUAUAUCUCCUUUAAUUCAAGACUUUACGGAAACAUUGUACUCUCUACAACUGGCACUUAGAUGCAGACUGAUAAAAAACUUUGUAACUGUCAAUUCUUAUGUUACAUACGAAACAAUCCAGGAUAGUUUAGAUGUGUUUGGGUUGCAAUUUGCUGCCAACCAACUAUUUAAAUUAGUUUCAAAUGCCGAAGAACUAUUUCAAAAGCUGGUACUAAACGGAGGCCUAAAUCAAACUGAAGUGGACCAGAUUUCACAAUGGUUAACUUUAAAGCAAGAAUGCGAGGAAUGCCUAAGUGAAAAUUCAGAACCACAUAGAUCUUUAGAAAGAAUUGAAGAGGAAAUUGAAGAUAGUUCUGAAAGUGUGCUUAGUGAAAGUGAGAGUGUGCUUGAGGAAGAAGAAUCUCAAACGUUAUUUGAAAAAUUAGAUGGAUUAAUGGAUAAUUUUAGAAUAGCCACUGAUCAUAUUGUUACAGAAUGUAAUAAUACUGAUAACAGUAGUUCUGAUGAUACGAAAGAUACACCAAAUAGUUCCAGUAAUACUUACCAUUCAAAGGGAGCAAGAUGUAGAAGAGGUAGUGUUCAUUCUGUAGAUCUGUGGAGCAUAACAAAUUCCAUUAAAGUACCUGAGGAAGAUACUGUGCCAGAAGGUGACCCAAAAUCAAAUUCAUUAACCUAUGAGUCCAAGAAGAAAGUACUGAAACAAAUAACUGCCGCUAUACAAGGUUAUCAAAAACAAAUCAAUGAUCUAGAGCAGACAAUCAAAGUAAAACAGAAUCUAAUGCAGCAGUUGUUGCAGCAUAAAGAAACCCAAUCUCAUGCAUUUGUGAAAAUUGAUCAAAAAUACCAAAUACUCAAGAAAGACUGCGAAAAUAUAGAGUCCAAAAUGUUACAAGCUCAAAGUCAAAAAAAUCAUUAUUUAGAAGAACAAUAUAAAUCAGAAUUGGAACAGCUAGAAACUAAAUUAAAUAAUGUAAAAAGUCUAAAAGAUCAUAUCGCUGAGGAAGGAAAAAAAUUGAUGGACCUAAAAGGCAGUCUAGAAGCUUCAAAAAAGCAACUGGAAAAGUUAAAGAAGUACAAGAAAAAAGAGGAGAAAAGGAGGCAGAAUUAUGAGGUACAAAUUCGAGAUGAAGCGAGCAGAAUUAGUAAGUCUAAGGAUAGUUCGAGUAGCGAAAAGAAAAGUAAUGACAGUUUACAAGAUAUGCAACUUGUUCUUUGUUCAAAUAAAGUGACAAAUAAUUCAGAUAUUUGCAACUUGGCUGUGCCUGUUACCAGUGAAGAAUUGGAAUGUCUAAGACACGAAAUACGAAAUUUAAGAAAAACCAGAGAUUUUCUCUUAGACCAGAAACUCAAAAUGGAUAUAAAAUCACAAAAUAAAAAGAUAUUGAAUGAAUUUGAAGAACGAAAAUUAUUCCAAUACGAAGAAGCAAUCGAGGCCAUAGACUUGGCGAUUGAAUACAAAAACGAAAUUAUUUGCGGUCACAUUCCAGUCAGUGAGAGGGCACUAGAAAGAGUUGAAGAACAGGGAGACAAAUUACUGAUGGAUAGACUUAUGAAAUUAAGCGAGAGUGAAAUGAGAGUGUUGUUACAUAAAUAUUUCCAAAAGGUCGUAGAUUUAAGAAGCAGUAGCAAGAAACUUGAACUACAAGUAAUAGAAUUCGAAAAUCAGAACGAAAAUCUAGCAUGCCGCUUACAAAAUCUGAGCCACACUCUUCAACAAGUGCGACUAGAAGGAGAACGAAGAAUGGUUUUAAUGCAACAGCAGCAUGAGGAUAAGAUUCACAUAGUAUUAAGGCAUCUUGCUAACGAUGGCACAGCAGAUUCAGAUCAAGUAAUUGCUAGAGGCAUCGGAAGCAAAGUGAUACCAAGAACUAUCGGUAAUGGUAGCAAGCAAGUUGGUAAAAGCAGUAGUUUGAUAACGAGAAUUACAAGUAUAGCUAGGCAUGAAAUUGUACCGCGACAGUUGCAAUCUGUGAUUCCAGCGCCCCAGGCGAAGAUUACCAGGCAAAAGAACAAGUUGAUAAUCCAGCAGACCACAAAAUAGAUGGAAGAAUUUGGCAAAAUUUGAUUUUGACAUUAACUAAGUAGACAUCAUUUAGAUAGAAAUGAUGGAUAUGUAGUAGGGGUCAGAUUUGUAUCAAUGAUUUUGGCUUGUAGAUGACGUAAAACGCUGCUUUAAGGAGAUUACUAUUGAAAUUUAAUCAGUAUUACUAAGAUAAUAAUCAUUAGAUUUGUUAAAGAAUAUACAGGGUGUUAGUAAAUAAGUAUGAAAAACUUUAAGGGCUAAUUAUACAUGAAGAAAUAAUGCCGGUUUGCUCUAUAAACUAUGUCCGCAAAUGCUUCGUUUCCGAGAUACGGGGUGUUGAAAUUUUUAUUUCAAACUGCCAAUUUAUUUAUUGCUCUAAGACCAGUUGAGCUAUGAAAAUAAAAUUUGGUGAGUUUUAGGAGGUGGUUAUUGCGCAUUUUUUGACAUACAAUUAAGAAUUUUGUUUUCAUCAUUGGCGCGCAUACGGGUAAUAGUUUGAAUUUUUUUAAAAUAAGAAAUAGUAUGCCACUGAGAUAUUUAAAAUUAAAAAUUAUUUUUAAUAUUUGAUAAUAAAUUAUAAAUUUAAUAAUAAAUUUUUUAAUAAAUGGUCUGAAUUUUUUUAAGAAAAAAUAGGACGCCACUGAGGUUUGUCAAACUAAAAAUCAUUUUUGAAUUCCUUGUUCAAUUUACGACAAAAAAUCUUUCUUGCCCUUUUUUUAUACGAGGCGCCGUUUUUGUACAAAAAAAUAAAACAUCUUUACGCUUACAAAGUAUUUGAGGUAGUUUCCAUAUGCACAGAAACUUAGUUCAAAUACUUUGUAAACGUUAAGAUGUUUUAUUGAAGUUAUACUUCUUUACGAUCGAGGGUGAAAUUUUAUAAUUCCCUGGCGCAUGCGCAGACAGACAGUAUGCAGUUCGUUGCUAAUCUUUCAAAUUAUGUAUGUAUCAGCGCAAAUAAGUCAUUAAAAGAAUAUAUUAGUGUUCUUAGUAAAGGUAUUAUUUAUUACAAUUUUUGUGUCUUUGGAUUUGUCUUCCUCGGGCGUAAGAUAAUAAAAUAUCUAAUUUUUAUACUUCACUUUGAUCUAUUUGUCACCAUGAUUUGUAAUUAUAUCCGAUCCAGAGAUCGAGAGAUUGCGGGUUCAAAUCCCAGACGAUUCAUAUUCAUUUUUGAAGUUAUACUUCUUUAGGCACGAGGGUACAUUUUUAUUUUACUGGGCCCAUGCGCACACUGACAGUAUGGUAUAAACGUUAUGCGGGAUAUGAUUGAGUGUUAAAAUCAUCUGUCAAUAAUUGUUCAAUAUGGAGAUUUUGGAUAAACAAAUUAAUGUUGUGUAUAUUAGUUUUUAUUGUUGUGAUGGCAGAGAAAAAAGCAAGUUUAUAAUAUUGUAGUGACUUUUUAAAUAGUUUUUAAAAGCGACAGGUACGUAAUAAUUGUAAAUGUUUCAGUAUCCUAUUAAAAAAUUUCAUAGGUACCUACCUAUUUAGAAAAUUUAAAAAGAACCUACCAAAAUAGUAUGUAAUGCUUUGAUUUACAUAAUUUGAUUACCAUCAAAAUUUCUAUCAAUAUUCACCUAAUAUAUUGUUUUCUUACUGUAUGUUUUGUUGUAUUCUAAUAUUUCUUUCAAUUCUAAAUAAUUUCAAUUCAAAAUCAAAAUAAUUUGGUUAAAUUCAGAACCGUCAAAAGUUUAAUCCGUUUAGUUAGUUGAUCUUCGCACAUGAUGACACAUGGUCUCCGUGGGUAAAAGUUUAAGGUGAAUGAAUUUCAAUACUAACUGCGCUGAUAAGCGGGUUCGAACCCCAAUGGAAACUUUUAUUUUUGAAAUUAUACUUCUUUAGGCGCGAUUGAGAUUGAGGGUGAAUUUAUAUUAAUCUGCGCACAUGCGCACACCGACAGUAUGGUAUUAAUCGUUAUACGGGCUCUGAUUAGGUGUUGAAAUGAUCUGUCAAUAAUAAAUAAUUGUUCAAUAUGAAGGUAAACAAAUGUAUAAUAUAUUAGUUUUAUUGUUGUGAGGACAGAAACAAAAAGUUUAUAAUUGUAGUGACUUUUAAAUAGUUUUUAAAAGCAACAGGUACGUAAUAAUUGUAAAUGUAUCAUAGGUACCUACCUAUUUGAACCUACCAAAAUACAUAGUAUGUAAUACUUUUAUUUACAUAAUUUGAUUACCAUCAAAAUUUCUAUCAAUAUUCACCUAAUAUAUUGUUUUCUUACUCUAUGUUUUGUUGUAUUUUUUCAAUUCUAAAUCAUUUCAAUUCAAAAUCAAAAUAAUUUGAUUUAAUUCAAAAAUGUCAAAAGUUUAAUCCGUUUAGUUAGUCGAUCUUCGCACAUAAUGACACAUUGUCUCCGUGGCGAAGCGUUUAAGGCGAAUGAACUCCAAUACCAACCGCGCUGAUAAGCUGGUUCGAAUCCCACAUUUUAUAUACAUUUAUAAUACAUUUAAUAAUAUACAUUUAUGAUUGUAAGUAUAUUUAUUAUAUAAUUUUAUUUUCAGAAAAUACGUAUUUAGUUAAAAAAUUUUCCGAAAAUUAAUGUUUAGAAAUCAUUUGUGGCAUUUUUAAUGUGUUUGUGUGUGUUUUAUUCUUUUAUUAUUUUAAUUUUUGGCACUGUUUUAAUAAAAAUGUUUGAGAAGUAGUAAGUAUAAAUUAUUUUAAUAUUUAAAUAAAAUAUAAAUAAAAAGUAUAUUAAUUUCGUUUAAAUGAUAUAAUAGAAGUAUAACUUCUUACGUGCGUACAAAGUACACACACAUUCUUUUUUUAUACAUUUUAUAAUUGUAAGUUUAUUUAUUAUAUAAUUUUUUUUUCAGAAAAUACGUAUUUAGUUAAAAUUUUUUCCUACAUUGUUCAGAAAUCAUUUGUGGCAUUUUCAAUGUGUUUGUUUGUGUGUGUUUUAUUCUUUUAUUAUUUUAAUUUUUAGCACUGUUUUAAUAAAAAAUUUUGAGAAGUAGUAAGUAUUAAAAUUAGUUUAAUAUUUAAAUAAAAUAUAAAUAAACUGUUUAAAGUAUAUUAAUUUCGUUGAAAUCAUAUAAUAGAAGUAUAACUUCUUACGUGCGUACAAAGUACACACACACACACAUUUUUUUUAAUUUUUGGUAUUGUUAAGUUUUGGUUAGUUUUUGGUAAUUAUUGUUAAUUUUUGGUAUUGUAACUGUUAAGCAUAUUUAUUUAGUUGAAAUUAUAUAAUAGAAGUAUAACUUCUUACGCGCGUAUAAAGUACACACACAUUCUUUUUUUUUGCAUAAAACGGCGCCGCAUGUGAAAAAAGACCAGAAAGAUUUUUUGUCGUAAAUUAAACCAGCAAUUUAAAAAUGAUUUUUAAUUUGACAUAUCUCAGUGGCGUACUAUUUUUAUAAAAUUCUUCUGUAACCUCUAAAGGAGGUCAUUUUUAACAUGUGUUGUAAGUCUGCACCUAGUUAAAAACUUAUAUUAGUAAUAUUUUCUGUUAUUGUUCCAGUUUAGUAUUAAUUUAUUGGAUAUUUCUUAAUAAUGUAUUAAGAAAUGAAAAAUACGCGUCAAGAUGUUUUAUUUUUCUGCAUAAAACGGUGCACCAUGUGAAAAAAGGAAAGAAAGGUUUUUUAUCAAAAAUUAAACCUGGAAUUUAAAAAUAAUUUUUAAUUUGAAAUAUCUCAGUGGCGUACUAUUUUUUUCUUUAAAAAAAUUCAAACUGUUACCCGUAUGCGCGCCAAUGAUGAAUACAAAAUUCUUAAUUGUAUGUCAAAAAAUGCGUAA